CUUCAUCUUCUUCCUUCUUAUACCUUACUCCCAUUGCCUUCGCGCCCAACCUUACCGCGCCGACUGCUAAUCGGCUGCUGCCGUCACGGUUGCAUCAGGAACCUUAGAAAUCUUCCUCGGGAAGGAACUCUCAACGCGUCAAAAUGGGUAUCUCUCGUGAUUCUAUGCACAAGAGGCGAGCCACUGGAGGCAAGAAGAAGGCUUGGAGGAAGAAGAGAAAGUAUGAGCUCGGACGGCAGCCUGCCAACACUAAGAUAUCCAGCGACAAGUCAAUCAGGAGGAUUAGAGUUCGUGGGGGUAAUGUGAAGUGGCGUGCAUUUAGGCUCGACACUGGAAACUACUCAUGGGGUAGUGAGGCUGUGACUAGGAAGACCCGUAUUCUUGAUGUGGUGUACAAUGCAUCAAACAAUGAGCUUGUCCGUACUCAAACUUUGGUGAAGAGUGCCAUUGUUCAGGUUGAUGCCGCACCGUUUAAACAGUGGUAUCUUCAGCACUAUGGAGUGGAUAUUGGAAGGAAGAAGAAGACUGCAGCAUCUGCUAAGAAGGAAGAGGAAGGCGAUGCUGCUGCUGCUGCUGCUGCUACUGAGGAGGCGAAGAAGAGUAACCACGUCCAGCGUAAGUUGGAGAAACGUCAACAGGAGCGUAAGCUUGACCCACAUAUUGAAGAGCAAUUCAGCAGUGGUCGUUUGAUGGCUUGUAUCUCUUCCAGACCAGGUCAAUGUGGUCGAGCAGAUGGAUAUAUUUUGGAGGGCAAAGAGCUUGAAUUCUACAUGAAGAAGCUCCAAAGGAAGAAGGGAAAAGGAGCUGGUGCUGCUUAAACAACUGUCAUUGAGAUGUUUUCCAGCCGUAUGUCCUUUUCUAUGAUUCUAUCUGCCUUUUUUGUCUUAUGAAGACGAUGAGUUAUUGCAGCUAAAAGAUGAAACAAUUACUUAUGAACGUCGAUUUUGAUGAUAUUAGUUGUUUGAUUAGGCAUUACUUUCUUUUAGCUCAAGAUUUGAAUUUGGUCUAAUUGAGUGAUUGCAUUUCAGAAUAUUCAAAAACAAUCAUUCAUCUUUCUCUAA